AUGUCAGCAACCAACGAUCCAAAGGCACCGCAGUCUAUAAACCUGGUCGACGCCAGUAUCAAAGAUCUCCUCUACGCUCUGAAUACCCGUGCAAUUACAAGCGCCCAACUCGUGUCGCUCUACCUCCAUCGGAUCAGAUACUACGACUGCCGAGGGCCAUCAUUGAACACCAUCUGUGUUGUCAAUCCAAAGGAUGCAGCCAUAGUUUCUCUGCUGCGAAAGGCCGGGGCCGUGGUACUGGGCAAGACAAACAUGUCCGCGAUGGCGGAUGGAGGAGGCCAGCGAGGACUCUACGGGAGGGCCGAAAGCCCAUACAGCCCCCUCUAUUCCACCACGGCAUAUGCAUCUGGGUCCUCUAAUGGAUGCGGUACGUCGACGGCGGCCAGCUUUGCUGCUUUUGGAUUUGCCGGAGACACCGUGUCUUCGGGUCGUUCGUCGGCGUCGAACAAUGCGCUGGUUGGAUAUUCGCCUUCCCGUGGGGUAAUCCCGAAUAGAGGCCAGUGGCCAUUUUAUCCGACAUGCGAUGUGGUUGUUCCUCAUACGCGCUCGGUCGAAGAUUUAUUCACUGUUCUAUAUGUCAUCGUCGCUGAUGAUCAGGACGCUGUCCGGGGCAUUGAUUUCUGGUGGAACCAGGACUUCGUUUCUAUCCCGAAGGCUUCGAGCAUCCGCCCAAGGAAUUACCAUACUGUAGCAGACUCUUGCACAUUGUCAGGAAAACGCAUUGCCGUUCCAAAAUGCUUCGUUGGUGUACCGGCCGCAAAACCACUCCAUAAAGCUAGAGCUACGUUCGAAUCUCUCGGCGCGACAAUGAUCGAGACGGACUUUCCUCUUCUUGAGGCGUAUAUGAAGCAGGACUUUCCAGGUCAAGGCUGCAAUGUACCCGGAAUGCCCAGUAGCUGGAUGGACAUUGAACGGUGCGAGAUGAUCGCUACGGCUUGGGACGACUUCUUGCGUAUUGACGGGGAUUCAAAAUAUCCAAACCUCACUGCAGCUGAUCCGGACAAGAUACACCCUUUGGUCGCACCAAUGGACAACCCCUCAAAACACAGAGGCAAAAAACCAAGUUCCUUCCCCGGUGUCGAGCAAACAACCAAGGCUCUGGAAGAUAUGCGAAAGAGAGAACUCGAAGCGUGGAUGGACAGUGGCUUCGACCUCAUCGCAUUCCCUAUCAAUGGCGAUGUCCCAUAUGCCGAUGCCGAAUCGAUGGUCUAUGCACUGCAAGAUGGUAUCAAACACGCCAAUGGCGGCCGAGCACUCAAGCAUGUUGGAGUCCCCUGUAUUACUGCUCCGAUGGGCAAUAUUGAGGCGAAAGAUAUGCCUGUUCGUCUAACCCUUGCUUACGCAGACAGUGGCCUGUUACGAUAUUCGUAUGUGUAUGAGAGCGCAUCCCGACUCCGGGUUCCUCCGCCGUUGACGCCUUUGAUAUCAUCGGACUGUAUGUCCUUAGGUAAUUCCUGUCUUCGUAGUUCAGUCAAAGCAAAGUCAGUCCUUGAUAUUCUUUCGGCCACGUGGGUGAAAACAAAAGUACCUGCCCUCGAGGCUCGACGGGUCGCUGUUGAUGGGAUUCUACAUUCAGACGACCCUUCUGUCAGUGUCGCCUCCAUUCAAGCAUUUGUUAGCGGCGGGAGAUCCGUGUCUGUAUCCUUGGUUGGUGACAAAUGGAAGUGGGAAGCUAGUUUGUCCCGGUCCCGGGCCAGCGAAAAGUAUCCAACGAUAGCAAAAGUGCCCAAGGAUUGUUUUCUUGCUGCCAUCAUCGCUGCAUUGGAAAAUGGGAGAACCGCAGCCUCCAUGCUGCUAAUAGACUAG